AUGUCGAAUGUCGACACUCAGACUGCAGAGCCAUUCGAUAUAGUCGACAAUAACGAAGCUUCCUCCCCCAGAGUACACACCUCUACUUCUACUCAAAGGGCCAGCCCUCGAAAGCUUCCUCGAAUCAUCUACUAUCCUCCGCCUGCAAGAAUGAGGCACACACUUACCCCUACGCCGGGUGCCCCCUCUCGGACUUCUCAAACCAGCCCCUUACGUCAAACCGACUUUGCCGAAAUUGCAGACGACGAUCCUAAGCUCCUUGCCUUGAUCCAAGCGGCUCGGCAACAGCUUAUUCGAGACAGAGCCACUCGCGCCAGUACUAUUGCGGAUAGUGCUCCCGCUAUGGGCCCCGAUCUGAGACCGGCCCAGUUCGCCUCAAACGCUGCUCCGGACGACCCUUCAGGAGACUCCUCGUCAGACAGCGACAGACGGACCCAUCCUCAUUUUCGAGGACCAUCUGCAAGACGCCACAGAGGCGAGAUCCCUACCCAAUUAACGCCUGCCCCUCAAAUUAGGUCUAUUGCGCCAGCACUCCGGACCAACUAUCGUUUCCCUGACCCACCUCUCUUUGACAAUGGAGAAGACUCUACGUUUGAUUCGUGGAUAAUCGACCUGGACUCCAAGCUCGAGGCCUCAGGUUACAUGGACCCUAGCGUAUCAGAGAAACAACGGAUGAACUACGCCCUCAGUCGUACUACUAGUGAGGCUAGAGCUCAACUGCUAACUCGCUUCUCUACCACUCUACAAAGAGUCCACCAUGCGUUCCGUACGUUGGAAGAGAUGGUCCAGUCCUUGGCUAUAGCUUAUGUAGACCCUUUCGAAUCCUUGAAGAAGCAAGACGAGUAUCGCUCUUUGGCUAUGAUAGACACUAAGACUGUGCGACAGUUUAAGAUCCGCUUUCUCACUUUGUUAGCUUAA